CUGUUUCAAUGUUAUUUUUACAGUCAUUUGAAGUUGUAAAAUUGGCUAUAACUUUACACAGAAAGGGUUAGUAAGUGAUUUCAUCGCACUACAAUCAUGUCUUGUGGCCAUACUUUUGAAAUUGUGAAUAUUUUACCGUUUACAUAAUGGCCCCAUUCACUUCCAUUGUAAGUGCCACACUGGAUCCCAGAUUUUCAUUCUUUCUUUCUUUAUUUUUAAGAAAAAGGAAAGGCAAGUCAAAAAACACUGGAACUGGGAUAUUUCUUUAAGGAAUCUAUGCAUACUAUAGUCUCCGAUGCAAGGAUGUAAACCACCAGACCGGACAGCAAAGAGUUAACGAGAAAGAGGAAAUCCUAUCUGGUUGGUCACAGUACAAAUACGAUUAUACAGCCUCAGUUUAACACGGCCGAACGGACGGAUUGAGCAUUCUACGAUCCGACUCAUAAAGAAAGGUUAUUCUGCAAGGUUAAUACUACACGCAGAGAUUUUUUUAACAAUUCCGCAGAUCUGCUGACGAAAGGGAAGAAUAGGGAAUCCAUUAUUAUAGCUGGGACUGCGGUGAUGUUUUAGGAAGGAUGUCGGUUCUCCUGACAGAACCAACAUUACUGGGCCGGGAGCCUGCUGUUAGAGCAGACCGCAGUUCGGCGUUCAGCAGGUGAAUGGACAGCUUCACGUGCACUCCUCCGCGUGACGGAUCCGGAUCAGCCCCUCUGAACGUGGACCCGCUCGAGCAACACAAACGUGUUUACACUGUUUUUAAGAAGAAAUAAAAGCUAAACAAGUGUGUCACUGGACCAUGAAGCCGCACCAUCAGCUGUUUAGGUGUUUGUGGCGAACGUUCGUCGUUGUUCUUCUGUUUGAUGCCACACCGCUCAUGUUGUUCAGGGGUUCUCUCACUCUCACCCUGACCGUUGAGAACAGCAGCUUCACACUUGAGGAGGACGCGCAGAUAACUUGCUCUUCUCACAUCGUCUCAAGUCGUAGAAGAGAUGUUAAGCCUUUGGUCAAGACCAGGCCGUUUGCUUUGGUGGAUGGAGUUAGGAGAAGCCUGAGUGAUGUUUUACAGAAUGGUCACCCUGAUAGACUCCAGUGUGGUUUAAAAGUGGGAACCAGCUUGUAUAUACUGGAUAUGGAGAAAAACCAAGAUCUUUUGCCAAAGCCACCUAACGUGUUUUACUACCUGCCAAAUGGAACUGGGGUAUCCAUGGAGCAGAAUCCAGUGACCCACUGUUACUAUCACGGCUCAGUGCAAGGUUUCUCUCAGUCCCGUGUGGCUCUCAGCUCCUGCUCUGGAUUGCGGGGAGUGAUCGUCAUUAACGCCACACUAAGCUUUGAGCUGCAUCCUGAUGAAGAAGGAGGUGAUAAAGAUGAGGAGGGGAGUGGAGAAAUGAAAGAAGGAUUGAUGCAUGUGAUCUAUUCGACUCUCCAGCAAACAUCUGAAUAUGGAGGCUGUGGAGUAUCUCACACCUCUGUUCCUCCCAUUCAGAUCAUUCCACAAAAACAGAGAAGUAAGAGAGACAUCCUUUCAGAGACCAAAUACAUUGAACUUGUGCUGGUGGCAGAUCAUAAAGAGUAUGUAAACUAUCAGAAAAAUAAUAAAACCAUCAUCUACCGCAUGCUGGAUGUUGCAAACCAAGUAGAUUGGUUCUAUCGGCCACUGAAUGUGCGUGUGGCUCUGGUAGGGUUGGAGAUCUGGAAUGACCAGGAUAAAAUCCAGGUGGAUAAAAAUCCUACUGAAACCCUAAACCGCUUCCUUGAGUGGAGGACGAGGGAGCUGUUACCACGACUACGCCAUGACAAUGCACAGCUGAUCAUGGGUGAGUCAUUUGAUGGGACGACGGUUGGAAUGGCAUCUCAGUCCUCCAUGUGCUCAAAAGAUCGAUCAGGAGGAGUGAAUGUGGAUCACCUGGUAAGUGUGUUGGGCGUAGCCUCUACAGUAGCGCAUGAGCUAGGCCACAAUCUGGGAAUGAGUCACGAUACUGUUGACCGACGCUGUCUGUGUCAGAAUGAGCCACGUCUUGGAGGCUGCAUCAUGGAGCCCUCUACUGGGUUUAUGCCUGGUCAGCUCUUCAGCAGCUGCAGUGAGCGGGAUCUUUCUCUCAGUCUGCUGCAUGGUGGUGGGAUGUGUCUGUUUAACAUGCCUCAGCCGGAGAGUCUUAUGGGAGGUCCACGCUGUGGGAAUCUGUACGUGGAGAAAGGAGAAGAGUGUGACUGUGGCCUGCUGGAUGAAUGCAAUGAUCCUUGCUGUAAUGCCAGUACAUGUAGACUGGUUCCAGGUGCCCAGUGUUCUUCUGAUGGUAUCUGCUGUGAGAACUGCAAGCUGCGUGUGGCUGGGUCGGUGUGUCGAGACCCCUUAGGAGAGUGUGAUUUGCCAGAGUACUGCACUGGUACCUCCCCCUAUUGCCCACCAAAUGUGUUCCUACAGAAUGGAGAGCUGUGCAAGGGCAGCUCCUCUUACUGCUACAGCGGUGUGUGUGCCAGUCUGGACGAACAGUGCCAAAUGCUCUGGGGAUCAAACUCCACCCAUGCACCACCCAUCUGCUUCUCUUCAGUUAAUAAACAGGGCAACAAGUACGGAAACUGCGGCCAGAUGCCCAGUGGUUCCUAUAUCCCCUGUUCAAAAGGGGAUGCGCACUGUGGGAGGAUCCAGUGUCAGGGUGGAAGUGAUCGUCCUCUGCUGGGCUCCAAUGCUGAGAUUUUGACCACAAAGGUUAAACUGAACCAGAGUGACUUUACCUGUCGAGGGACCUAUUUUAAUCUAGGUGAUGAUGUUUCUGACCCAGCCAUGGUGGCCCAGGGGACUGCUUGUGGACCCAACAAGGCUUGUGUGGACCAACGAUGUCAGGACGUUUCAAUGUUUGGUGUUGAAGAGUGCCGCAAAAAGUGCAAUAGCCAUGGGGUUUGUAACAGUAAUAAGAACUGUCACUGUGAUGAGGGCUGGGCUCCUCCUGACUGCAGAUAUUCUGGAACUGGAGGCAGUUUGGACAGCGGCCCCGCACGAGAACCCAGAGAUUCUGAUCCUGCCCAGGUGGCUCUGCUUGUAAUCUUCCUUUUUGUGUUGCCGGUCGGGCUGCUGUUAGUUGCACUCCGGUUCCCCCGCUGUCGCCGAAGCCUUGUGAGCCUCGGCCACACACACUUCAAUAAAACCCGACAGAGCCGGACACCUGCCAUAGAGCUUACAAAUGCUCGAAAUGGAGAUCAGGUGCAGCCACUCCAAUACCAGUGGCCCCAGCAGAAUGACAUCCCUCUUACACAGACUGUCAGCAAGGUUCAGCACAGGCCUGCUGCUCCAACUAAACCUCUUCCACCUGAUCCUGUUUCUAAACCUGCUCAGUUGGCAGGCCAUUGGCCUGCUCCUCCCACCAAGCCCCUCCCUCCUGACCCCACCCCCUCAGAGAGCAAGAUGCAAUGCAAGCCCACAGGAGCACGACCGGCUGCACCAAGAAAGCCCCUUCCCCCUGACCCUGUCCUCUCUGACCGACAGAACCCUGUUCCCCCUAAACCUCCUGUUCCCAAGAAACCACUGCCUGUGGAUCCUUCAUCCCACCCUCCUCCUCCACACCCACAGCUGGGGCAUGUGGGAACUGCUGCAUCUUUAUCAUCCUCUUACUCACAUAGCCUUAAGUCAGCUGCCGCUCCUGCCAGACCUGCUCCCCAUCCACCUCUUCGGAGACAACAGCAUCCAGGGAAACCCCAUGCUCCUCACCCAGUAUAGCCAGUAAGGAAACAUUGGUCCGGUGUUCCUUUGCUGUGGGAUACUGUGUGAUGUAGAUUUGCACAUUUCUAUUUGCACUGACCCAGAGAGUGGACUUGGUUCUGCAAUGUGAAACCUUGACAAUUGCAGGGACCCCUCUCUUGCUCUGCAUCUCAAUCAGAACAUAAACUUCGAACUUACUCUGAGGCUCAAUGGGCCAUUUACAGACAUUUACAUUACAGACUCCAAUAAUGGUGAAAAGAUAUUAUUGAUAUUAUUUUUCUUUUUUAAGAGUGAAUACAAAGGGUAUGCCAUUUUAAAAUGUGAUUCAGAAGCAGUUCAAAGCAUGGAAUUAGGAUAUGACCAGAUGAUGCCUUGAUGGAAGGAAUCUUGAUUUCUUCUUCUGAGAUGCUGUAUGCAUGCUCGAUUGCCUGCCUAUUAAUGAACUGAUCUUUCCUAGAGAAUCUCUUUGGUGCCUAAUUAAUCAGCUAGACACCAUGUCAUCUACGAUUAUUUAGAAAGCUCACACCAAAACAGAAUUUUGGAAUCUUCUCAAAGGUGCACUCACAAAUUUUUCAUUUAUGUUCACUAGCCUAUAUGACAAUCAUCUUGGCUUAUACUGACACUUAGCAAAAUGGAUACUGCAUCACACAAAAGAUGCCAAUGCCAUUGUAGAAACUCCCAAUUUGCAGUUAGCCAUGAUUCAUUUAUUCCAUGAAAGAAAAUACAGAGAUAAACGAGUAGUAUUCAGCUGGUCAUCUGAUUUCAUCAUGUUGGCCCCCAUAAGGUGAUAUGUUCCCUGUAAAAUCAGCUUUAUUAUCCUACAGAUGUCACUGGACUCGUGUUCACAAAUACAAUGGAGUGUAUUUGAUUUUUUUUUUUUUUAAAGUACUCUUUAAAGGAAUAUUUCGGGUUCAUUACAAGUUAAGCUCAAUUGACAGCAUUUGUGGCAUAAUAUUACUUGCGACAAAAUUUUUUUUAGAAUCAUCCGUCCUUUUCUUUAAAAAAGCAAAAAUCGAGGUUACAUUGAGGCACUUAAAAUGGAAGUGAAUGGGGCCAAUUUUUGCUGGGUUUAAAUUGUGAAAUUGGCUAUAACUUUACACAGAAAAGGGUAAUAAGUGAUUUUAUCACACUAAAAUCAUGUUAACUCGCAUAUUGUUCAUGUCUUGUGGCUAUACUUUUGAAAAAGUGAGUAUUUUAACGUUCAAAUAUUGGCCACAUUUACAUCCAUUGUAAGUGCCUCACUGUAACCCAGAAAAGGAGGGGCAAGUCAAAAUUUUUAUCGUUGAGCUUAACUUGUAUUGAACUCGAAAUAAUCCUUUUAUUCUGUGUACAACUUUAUUAUAAUAAGAGAAAAAUUACUAAAUGCACUUUUACUUUCUCCAGCUGUAAAUGCCUAUUAGUUUAAAGACAGAACUUCUGUCCAGUAAAUUCCAUUUGACAUCUCAUUACAUACAUUUGCAUUACACACACAUAUAGCCUUUGUAAAGUCUGUGUUUUAUAUCGGUGUCAAGAAAAAAAUCAGAUUGCAAAUUGUGAUUACAAAUGCUGCUGCAGGAAAUACUGGCUGAUUGGAAGAUGUACACCUCUUCACUCAAAGCACCGAGAAAGGUAUUUGUAUUUGUAUUUAAGUGUAUUUUGAAAUAUGCCAUAUUUUUAAUGCAAUAAACGUGGGAUCUAUUUUUA